ACUCUUUCCGGGUCGAAAAAUCUUAGCACACCCAUGAACGUGGGCUAGCCGGCCCGAUUUGUUAUCUUGUAAACACAAGAAAGAAUCUUUAAAGGGACUUUUAAACGCGUCCAGCGCAUAACUUCCCUGUUUAUUGUCGUCUAAACACAUGACACAGCGAUGCCAGGCCUCAGCUGUAGGUUUUACCAGCACCGGUUCCCAGAGGUGGAUGAUGUUGUGAUGGUGAACGUGAGGUCAAUCGCUGAGAUGGGGGCCUACGUCAGCCUCCUGGAGUACAACAACAUUGAGGGCAUGAUCCUCCUGAGCGAGUUGUCUCGCCGACGUAUCCGCUCCAUCAACAAGCUCAUCCGCAUCGGCCGCAACGAGUGCGUCGUCGUCAUCCGAGUCGACAAAGAGAAAGGUUAUAUUGAUUUAUCAAAAAGAAGAGUUUCACCAGAGGAGGCCAUCAAGUGUGAAGACAAAUUUACCAAAUCUAAAACUGUGUACAGUAUUCUGCGACACGUGGCAGAGGUGCUGGAGUACACGAAGGACGAGCAGCUAGAAAGCUUGUACCAGCGCACCGCCUGGGUCUUCGAUGAGAAAUACAAGCGGCCAGGAUACGGCGCUUACGAUGUCUUCAAACAGGCUGUGUCAGAUCCCACCAUUCUGGACGGCCUGGAUUUAACAGAAGAGGAGCGGAGCGUGCUGAUUGAUAACAUAAAUCGGCGGCUAACACCACAGGCUGUUAAAAUCAGAGCAGACAUAGAAGUUGCAUGCUAUGGGUACGAGGGCAUUGAUGCGGUGAAAGAAGCUCUGAGGGCAGGACUCGGCUGCUCCACAGAGGUCAUGCCCAUCAAGAUCAACCUGAUCGCUCCCCCUCGCUACGUGAUGACCACGACCACCCUGGAGCGGACAGAGGGUCUGUCUGUCCUCAAUCAGGCCAUGGCUGCUAUCAAGGAGAAGAUAGAGGAGAAGAGAGGUGUCUUUAAUAUCCAGAUGGAGCCGAAGGUGGUGACGGACACGGAUGAGACUGAGCUCGCCCGGCAGCUGGAGAGGUUAGAAAGGGAGAACGCAGAGGUGGACGGAGAUGACGACGCUGAGGAGAUGGAGGCCAAAACGGAGGACUGAAGGGAGGAAGAAUCAAUGGAGAAGUGGGGGACAGGCCUGGCUAGACAGUUUAACUUUCAGGUUGCAAACAUUAAGUCAUUUUAUUACUUGAUUGGCAAAAGAAAGGGGUUGUUCUUAACCCCACAUGAACACAAGGACAACUGAACAAGCUUAACAGCAGUAUAGUUUCUAUCUGAAUAAACAACAAAAGCUGCUCAGUGGCCUUCACUUACCUUUUGCUUCAGAGCUCAGCAUCUUCAGUAUCCGUGGCUCUUCAUCUCCAACUGGUCAGAGUGUGACUGAAAGGACCGAAGAAGCUCAUCUUUCUACAGCGUUCAGUUGUGAUAUCUUCCACGUUGAAGGGUGUUUUACCAGCAAGGCCUGCUUUGUGUAGCUCAAGUGAAAUCAAUAAAGAUCUGGAAAUUUUCA